GGGCGGGGCGCAGAAUUACCGAUAGUUGUCGAGAGCUCCCGAGCUCCUCCCUUGCUUAUGGGCGAAUAUCAAAAUGGUUUCGACAGAGAUAUCCGCGGCAGUCAGAGGAGACGUGUAAGCACAUUGUGUCCGAGAGGGUGUGUUUGUAUGCGAAUGCGCUGUGUAUUGGAGGAGUAUCGAGUCACACUGCGGGUAGCUUUAGCAGCUUAGCAAGCAUCAGGUGGGGGCAGUUACAGCGGCCUUUUCUUCACAACAGUACCAACUGGAUUCUGAACCAUGGGAACAAGGACACGGCGAGAUUGCUAGGAGUCAAACCUUACCAACAGGCUUUUGGUGUCUUUGGGAACUACGGAGGAAAAAGGAAAACAAGGAUUCACCACCCUUCCCCCAGACUGGGUUUCGUUCCCGAAACAAUGUGCGGCUCAGGAUUUUGAAAAUUCUUUUAACUUUCUACUGGAGAUUUGUUGUCUGGAGUUAUUUUAUUUUGGAGGAUUGUAUCGUAGCCAAUUUUGUUGUACAUUUUGGACAAUAUAAAAAUGGAUGCUGGAAUGGAAAGGGAAUGUAGCGCUCUUGGAGGGCUUUUCCAAACUAUAAUGAAUGAUAUGAAGGCAAGUUAUCCAACUUGGGAAGACUUCAUCAGCAAAGCUGCAAAAUUGCAGUCACAGUUAAGGACAACCGUAAUUGUCACCAGUACGUUUCUGGAUGCAUUUCAGAAAAUUGCAGAUAUGGCAAUUAAUACACGAGGAGCAACCAAGGAAAUUGGCUCUGCUUUGACACGGAUGUGCAUGAGGCACAGAAGCAUUGAAUCCCGAAUGAAACAGUUUACAGGAAUUCUAACAGACAGUUUAAUAAACCCUUUGGAAGUUAAAAUUGAAGAAUGGAAGAAGGUGGCUAGUCAGAUGGACAAAGACCAUGCUAAAGAGUACAAGAAAGCACGAGCAGAACUGAAAAAAAAGUCUUCAGAUACACUGAAACUGCAAAAGAAAGCCAAAAAAGGUAAAGACAGUGUACUUGUGCAGCUAGACAGUGCACUUCAAGAUGUUAAUGAAAAGUAUUUGAUUCUGGAAGAAACUGAGAAAAAGGCUGUAUACCGAGCUCUCACUGAAGAACGGGGACGAUUCUGCUCUUUUGUCGGCAUGCUAAAGCCUGUCUUGGAUGAAGAAAUUGGAAUGCUGGGAGAGAUAACACACUUGCAAACCAUUUUGGAGGAUCUGACCACCUUGACAGCUGACCCAGCCAAACUGCCCCCCUCUAGUGAGCAGGUAAUAUCAGACAUAAAAGGAUCUGACUUCAAUUAUUCUUACCAAACACCACCUGGGUCUCCCUCUAGUUCUAUGUCACGAAAAGCCAGUGUAAACAGCAAUUUUUACAGUGCCUCAAUAAGACAUGUUCCAUCAAUGGAUUCCAUCUCUAGUUCAAUGGAGGGACUGUUUCUCCGACCCCCUUCUGUAAUAAUGACUGAUGGAGCUAGCCAGAAAUCGACAAGUUCACUCUCGUCGGAGGCCUCUGAAGCCUGCAGGUCGGUUAGUGAGUGCAGCUCCCCUACCUCAGUUGGUUCGGGUUGUGCCACUGGGUCCUGGGCUGGGAAUAAGCAGUGAAGAAGGGGACAGCUAUUUAUGAGUAUGACUACAUCUCAUUACAUGGAGACCAAGAAGCAUCUGAUCAAGUUGACUUUGAUAAGUCUUCUACUAUACCUCGAAACAGCGAUAUUAGUCAAAAUUACAGAAAAAUGUUCCAGACCAAAAGGCCAGCUUCUACUGUUAGUCUUAUUGCUGACACUGAACCAGCAAUGAGAUCACCACAGGUUGCUACCAUCCGCAGGAAGCCAUCCAGUAAACCACCCUUUAGGCGUGGCACUGUCAGUGGUGUACCUAUUCCUAUUCGGACACCAGUAGUACCACUCAAACCAUCAUCCACCUCUGAUGUUUCUGGUAGCCAAACAGCUGGAGAGGAGAUGGUAAAUGUUCCAACAGAGAUGUCUGAUCUGUAUCAAGUGAAACAGGGCCUUUGUGGUUCAACUCGAAGUCUUAGUACCAUUCAUACACCAUAUUAUUCAUUAAUUCCUAGUCAUUCAUAUUCCAGUGCUCGUCAUCAACAUCCUAGUUUACAGCAAGUAUUCCCCAGUAUUAGUAUUGUGAACAGUGUUGCAGCAAAGAAACCGCCACUGCAGUCAAGUGUGGCACUGCAUUUACAGAGAAUAGAUAACAUUGAUAGUAGAUCUGACUCAUCUGAUCUUCAAACUACAGAACCAGACACGUCAGUGGACAUGUUGGCAAUGAUCCGCCGUGGUGUGAAACUAAGAAAGACCAUAUCAAAUGAUAGAUCAGCUCCACAGAUCAAGUGAUUCAGAAGUUGAAUUUAACAGAUUGAUAGCUUUAAACUCUUACGUUUGCCUUCUAAUGUAAACCAUUUAUUUAAGGAAGUGAUGUGCAGUUUUUUCCAGUCAAUUUAAACAGAAGCUAAGUACCGCCUCACCUCUCUGGAACUGUCUCCAGUAGGACCUAGUUUUGGAGCUUUUACUUACAUUUAGUGCACCACCACAUUGACUUUAAAGUUGAUGUGGCUUUAUUUCCUUUGGUUGCAACCUGUCUUGAGUCAAGUCUCAGAGUGUUAUUUUUAAUGUACCGUAAUUAGAGGACACUCAAACCAUCAUAAACUUGUUUUGUAUUGAAGGUGUACAAUUUGUUUGUUGCAUUUCAGAUUCUCUCAGUUAAGCAUUGUAGUACAGUGGGUCUCCACUGAAACCACACUUUAAAGAUAAACGGUUUGUAUAUAUUAUUUUGUUUCUUUUUAAAUAUUCUUGUACUUUUGUUUGCUGGAGACCGUUCUUCCAGUUUUCAUUAGGCAAGUUUAUCAAUGUUUUAGGCUUAAAAAUUGCUUUUGUUGGUAUGCAUACAGCUGCUACAUUAGUGGAGAAGGAAAGUAAGUUAUUUCUUGCAAAGAAAGGGUAGUAAUUAUCCAACUACUUGAUCUACACAUAGUUUUGUCCUCUGUACAGAAGGUGAUUCUUUUGGUGCAAUAUUGGUUAGUGCUAGACAUUGUAAUCAUUAUGGGUUUAAUUCACAGCAAGUCAUAUUUUCUUCAGUUUGGGCAUCUGACAGUCUUUCCUAGCCCCAGCUUUUCCAUCUGAGUUUGAUUCAAGAAAAUAUCUUGGCCAUCGGAAUUAGAAGGAAUUCAUUUGUGUACAGUUUUAGAAUUUAUGCAUCAUUUGGAAAUGUCUUGUUUGAAGCAGUUGCUUGUGAAUUCUGGUAGCCUGUCUCCUGAAGUGUCAACGAACAAUGUGUGUGUUUUUUUGUGGGUCUUAGGACUCGUAUUGUCCUUUUUAAAUUUGUCCAUUCCAUGCAGUGUUGGUAUGUCCAGGCUGUGAUACCCGUCACCUUUUGGGUAUAGUUUAGGUGCAGGGGUUCACAGUUCUGUUUUUAAAAUGUCUGUAGUCUGGCCAGAAGAGAAUACUUAAUUCAGAAUAGUAGUUGCUUUUUAGUCAGUUGUUAUGCAUCUGGCAGAAAUUUCAUAAGUUAAGUGGUGUCCUGAUUUUGAGCUAGUGGAGUUGUUUACCAUUAUGUACUGUAAACUCUUAUAUUUUACUUGCACACCACAGCCUAAUAUUGGAUUUGAAAGUGGAGGUAGGGAUUAUAAACUUUAUUUUUUUUCACAGUGCAUUGAAGUGUUGAACUGUGCCUUAAAAGAUCCGAGUUGUACUGAACAUGUUAACCUGUUGACACACCUUUCCACAAAUCAUUUGUUGAGGAACACUACAGUAAGUAAUGUGUUAUCUUAACAGAUUCCUCUGGGAAUUCAGAACUGGGUAUGAUAGCUGUUAGUAUACACACACUGUAAUUCUAAAUAGUCACAUUAAGCAUUUAUUUUGUCACCUUUUCCCCCAUAUACUGACAUCCCAGCAUGCACACAUGACUUGAAUAUUUAUUGGAUCUGUGAUGUGGGAUUUAUUGUUUACUCCAUCCCUUAUUUUAUCAAAGUUUGCUGUUUAUGUAUAUUUAAGAUUUGUCAUUUUUGCUAUCUGUAAUCUGCAAAUGAAGUCAUAAAACUGUGCGCAGCAAGCAUAUUUUUAUUUAUCAGUGGAGUGCAGCAGCUGCAGUUUAUAAUUGUGAUGUUGGGUACACCUCGUCCUCAUGGUUGCAUGCAUACUUCAAAAGAAACCCAAAAGAGGGACAGUCAAAAUGUUUAUUAGGUAGUACUUAAAGCUGACACACUACAUUUUCCUUGGCAAGGAUUAUGUUAGUUAAAUUGGCAGUUAUAGUUUUUGCUGAAAUUAAGGAUGGUAAAUUUUGUUUCAAGGAGCACGUUGGACUUCAUACUUCAGCUGUAAUGGGUAGCUUGUGGAUUUGAUAAUGUAAAAUGGAUAAAGAGUACCUCUACUGUGUCCUUUGUUACCCUGAAGUGCAUGUUCAGGAUAUAGUACAGUUGUACUACUGGUUCCACUGCCAGACUUGUGUGUAAGUUAAGCACCUUAGAUGCCUGUGUCUUUGUCUUGAAGGAAAUUUCUGAAAAAUAAAAUAGUAAAUGUGCUACAGAUGACCAAACCAUAAUUAAUAUAUGAUUUCUUACGUUCAGUCAGUUUUCUUGCAAUUUUCCUGAAUGUUUCAAAACCAGGUAAUCAAACUGCAGGGUGGCAUUUUACAUGCUCUUAAAUAGGUCUUUUGCUGUAGCUGGCUUCAGAUUUUUUAGCAGUGUUCCUGCGACCAUUUUGUCUGACUAUAUAUCUCUAUCGAAAGUAUGAUCUCCCUAUGUGUUCUUCAGUUCUUUACAUUCUGAUAAACAGGGUUCUGCAGGUAGUAACAGUAGAGAUGUUGUCUUCCUUGUUUUUGUCCUGGUAAGAUGCAGUUCUAUAGCCUGCCACUCCAAGGCUUAUUUUUAGCACCCUUCCGGACAGUAGAUACCUCAGAAAUGUCAUCUGUCUUUAUACACAGCAUUUUACUACUGACUUGUUUUAUUUAGUAAACUGCAUAAUUAGCUACUCUGUCGGCAAAUAAAAAAAUCACUCGCACACUCCUCCUGUAACCGGAUAUAUCUAAAAAAAAAAAAAAAAAAAAAAAAAGUCUUGUUUUUCUUGCAGAAAUUACUUUUUAUACAUUGUAAUUCUCAGCCGCAUUCUCACUUCCACCAAGGAUCUGGGGUAAAACCUGCAGUCUUCCAGUAGUCCACCUUUUUAGUGUUUAGACCACAGACAGUGGAUAAAACUUGAAGUAAACCAAAACACACAGAACUGGUCAAGGACAAGACGUAAUCUUCAUACUUUGGUAGUAAAAUAUUUCAGCCUCCCAUUCCCAUAAUUGUUGAGAGCACUAGAGAAAAGCAGUGUGAAGAUUUUGGAGAAGCAAAAACUGAAAAGCUAGAAAGUAUGCACUACUUAUGAUUGAUGAAUGUGCUUUUGGUCUAGGGCAGUGUCUUUUGCAGAAAUGUCUGUGCAAACCUUCACCCCCCCAUUAAAAUCAGUCUAGCCAGGAAUGAUUGUUGAACAGGACCCAGGUUUCAUCAUUGUUGACCUGCUGGUGAGUACUGUAAUGGCUUUAUCAUUAAGUUACCACUGAGUAUUGUAGUGUUCACUUUUCACGGACAUCCGUAAAGUAUCCACUCCCGCCACCAUUUGAUAUUUUCAAGGCUGACUUUGGUCGGCCUUUUCUUGUGCACCUUUCUGGCAAUUGAGUACCCUCUUAGCUUAAAACAGUUUUUACCUUCAUCCCGUUUGAGUGAGAAAUUCCGAAGUUAAGGUCUUAAAAGCCUAGAUGUUUGUCACCCAUUAUCUCAUGACUGCCUCACUAAGGAAGAUGAGAUGUUUUUCCCCCUUAAAAGAAAGUCAUAAACAAGACAAAAAUCCCAGCAAGCUAUGGACUUUCUGGCACCACAUCCCAAUAUGAACCUGCCUGUUAGAGAAAAUCUUCCCCAGUGAUUGAUUUCUCUCCUAGUGUUUUGAACUUGGGGAAUGGGGUAUAAAAAUGACCACGUUCUGUUCUCUUUGACCUGCAUUCUUUGGCAUUGCUGUGGGAAGAUGAUUGCAAAACAUUCAAGAGGCUAGUAUUUGACCAAUCUACUCACUAGAUGUCUUCAGAUCACUUUCAAAACUGGUAGAACCAGCUGUGCACAAGGCGCAUACUCAUAAUCCUGCCCAUUGCUGAAAUCCUUAGUGUCCUUGACACUGUGGCAACAUUCAUACCUGUCAUCAUGCUCUAGAGAAGGCAUAAGAGGUUUAUUACUCCUUCCCCUGUGGGUCCUGUCCUGUACAUUGGGAGUGCAUUUGCUUUGAGGAAUAUGUUUCCUUUCCAAUACAGUGUGAUAAGUGCACCACUGACUAGUAUCUUUGGCUGUCGUCGGAUGUGCUGUAGUCUUUGUAGCUCUUUGAAAUGGUAUCAGAAAACACCUUCCAUGGUUUUAGAUAUUGGCGAUGGUUGAAAGGUUGCGCGCACACUUCAAGGCACAUGUGGUUUCUAUGAUUUCACUGGUGGAGACCAAAUAAAUAAUUUCUCAUCCCUUCCAAGUAGGUGGUGGGGCUGCUUGGAAGGAAUGCUCCUUGCUAAAGUAAGUGGGAUGGCCUCCACGGUCAGGCCACUUCAUUAUCUACCCUAGCACUUUUCCAAGUACAUGCAGAAAGGUUUGAUGCAAGAGAGAAAGCAAGCAAAUAGACAGCCCACCCCUGAUGGCUGCCCAAAUGAUGUCCUCGCCCAGCUUUUAUCCAAAGUGAUGGGGGAGCAAAUGGAUCCAUUGUUUGGGAGGAGUUGAUGUUCACCAGGCAACAGAGGUCAAAAAAGAAAGUGUUGAAGGUUUCUGAUGCAGCUUUCAGAAAAACAUUCCUUAUAACAUAAAUCCCUUGUGGGUGUGAGAUCAGCCAGACCCAAAGCUUGUCUUUGCUAAUAGGGUUUUGCUUUCAUUUUUUUUCUAGUACUCCGUACCCCUGGUUUCGGGCAGUCCAUACAGUGCAGAAAGUUCUCGAUGCCUUAUCUGUUUCUUUUUCACCUUUUAUGUAAAAAUAGAAUGUGGAUGCGUUGCAAGAUCCUCCAGGAUGCAUACUUGCCUGUCAUAUUCCACAGAUCCCUUCAGUGGUGUCUGAAGUUUUGAGUAAGGCAUUGAAUGGUUCAGUUUGGAAUCAUGUUGCAUAAUCCAUUCCUGUGAGGACAUUUGCCAAGUGCUUUUUGCCAGUAGUAGCCUACCUCAAGAGGAGGUGAUGCUAAAUUCUACUUACCAAGGUGACUGGCUUUUAGUUGCUGUCUCAAAGCAACAGUUUACACACAGGAUUCCUGUCCGAAAACUGGUUCCAUCUAGACCAUUUCAGUCUCACCUCCCCCCCCCAAUAAUCCCACUUAGCACAUUCUCAAUUUCCUUUGCCAAGUAUGCAGUCCUUUUGUCUUUUAAUAGAAAGGCUUUCCUUCCUCAAGAUGUAACCAUAAACAUCAUCUAAGCAGUAAUCAUAUAAACAUUUAUGGACUUGCCCACAACCUAGUAGAUGCCAUUACAUAAUUUCUUCUUUACAGCAGUAUAUGCAUCAUCUUCACUAGUGCCUCACUUGCCUAGUGAUUGUGAAAUAAAGGUAACUGAACUGACUGAAGCAGUUCUUCUUGCAUGGAAGUACAGAUUCAAACUGUCUAGGAAUGCUGUUAAGAUCUGGCAAUUCUAUAGUGUGUAUAUUGCACUAAGUAAAGACACUGCCUAGUUUGUCUUUGCAGGAGCACUCUAAAAGUGUGAUUCUGUGCACUAAAAAUAAUCCACAUCAUGAUAGAAACGUUUUAGGAGACAUCCCUGUCAGAUGCUCAAGUGACAAAGCCUAUCAUUUUCUGUUCUGAGGUAUAUUUGCUCAGGAUCUGUUUAUGUAAACCAACAGCACAUAGCUUCCAAACUUCACUUCAUGCAAGGUGCCUUUACUAUGUAUGGGACCAACACAUUGCUGCCCUUUCUGUGAUGACCAGUUUUGAUUUUUAUAAUAUUGCUUAUAAGGAGCCCUUGAUCCAUGCAGCCUUGUCUGUUUCCAUUAAUUUUGGUUCUUCCUCUUAUAUUGUCAUUAUGGGGACACAUUUUCUGUAAAGGUACUGGAAAGUUCUAGAACUAAAACUGAGGAAUAGUGACAAUUAAACUUUCAGGAAGUGUGGCACCAUGUUUCUUAUUUCUUAUAUUUAAUGCUGAUUUUCUUAUUUUACUCAGAUAUUCUGUAUGUAAAAAUCAUAUUUAGUUUUGUGAGUGUAUAGCUGUAUUUGUAGUAUCUGUAUCUAUAUGUAUAGGGUGUGUGUGUGUGUGUGUGUGUGUGUGUGUGUGUGUGUGUGUGUGUGUGUGUGUGUGUGUGUGUGUGUGUGUGCGCGAGUGAUCCUCUGGAAACAUUCUUGAAAACAGAAUUUCAUUACCUGUCAGUGUUUUUGAUAAACCAAUCCUUUCUACCAUUUUGCUUGCCAGAUUGUAAAAAGGCUUUCUUUCCAGCUCCAUACUUGAGCAUUCCACAAGUGACCAUUAGAUCAGCCAUAGUAAGUAGUGUUCCAGUACCCUUCACCCCACAACUGCAGUAAGGAAGGUAUUGGAAGCUCCAAAUAAACCUGGAAGAAUAAACCAACAAAAUGGUAUCCUGGAGCAUGGAAGAAAACCAAUAUAACCAAAACAACUUGCAAAAAAAACCUUCACAGCAGCUUCUUCACGCCGUAAUUUUUAUUGUUGAAGUAUUCCCCAAAGAAAACUAAAAAAAAAUAUUUGUACCCAACAUUCAAGGUUAAGCACUUUCAUCUUUAAAAAAAGACAUCCGCAGAACUGUGAAUGAAACUCUUGGCAAGCAUGAAUGAAUCGGAACACACCCACGAACGUGGCCAAUCACAUCACUUUACUUCCUUAUGUCACAGUAAAUUCAAUUAAAAUCAUAAGACCACAACCCACCAAUGCUUUUAAACUUGGUAAACAUUAUUAAUAAGGGGAAAAAGUAUAAUUACUAAACAAUAUGCCCUAAAGUAUGUAAAUAUAAAAUAUUAGUGAGUAGACCUUUUGGAAUUUAUUAUUAAGGGAAAAAGUAUAAUUACAUAUGUGAUUGGUCAGGUUUGUGGGUGUGUCCUGAUUCAUUCAUGCCUUUAAAUGUGUUUGCCAAGGGUUUCAUUCAUUGUUCUGAGGAUGUCUUUUUUUUUUUUUUUUUUGAGAGGAAAGCGCUUAACCUAGGUACAAGUACAAGUGAUGUUUUAUUAGUUUUCUUUGGGAAUACUUCAACAAUAAAAAUUACAGAGUGAAUAAGUUGCUGUGAUGGCUUUUCUUGGAAGUUGUUUUGAUUGUAAACCUGCAAGAAUUAAUAUAUACUAACUGGAUGAAAUUCUAGAAUUGAGCAGCUGGUCUGUUUUUCUGUCUUGUUACCAAGUUGACAAGUUAGAUACAGAAUUUUUUUUCAUCUUUGGUACAAGGAGAAAAGCUUCUACUGUAAUAUGUACACAACUGUGUUCUGUGCAUUACAACUUUGUAACUGUAUGUGUAGAAAGUUUUCUCAUUGCAACCUAAAAAAGCUGAAACUAUUGCCUAGCCGAUUGUCCUGGUGUGUCUGUCUUAUCUAUAUACAGUUAAACAGCAAAAAUAAUAAGGUGUCUGUGCAGGUAAUAGAAAAUUACUGCACAGUGAGGAAUCAUAACAUUUUCAGAGUUUUAUGUGUAAGGCUGCCACUUUUAUUGAUGGAAAGAAGAAAGUGAAUAGUGAAACAGUAUUGAGUAACCGUGUACUAUUGAAUUUUUAGGCAGCUGCAAUAGCAACUGGAGUGUUUAGCCAUAAGUAAGUUGUGUACUUGAAGUGUGCAGAUAGAACGUAGGGUAGAGCAAGUAGAGUAUUGCAGCUAGGAGAGGUUAGAGGUUAGAAUAUUAGGUAAUUAAGUAGUGUGUAACAAAGGUUUUGUACACCCCCAACACUCAUACCUCUUUCAGCCGUUGUCUUCUUAUAGUCAGAAAGAAGUUUCAAAUAAAGUCAGUCUCUGAUACGGUUUAUGAGGUUUCCAUUUUUGAUUUUUACACUGGUCAAGGUAAUCAGAUAAUAAUUAGGACUCCAUUAAACUACUUGCUAAAGUGUUCCUUUCACUUGUGUUUUCAGUGGAAAGAUCCAUUGUCCCCGGGGAAUAAUUUUUAUGGCAUUAAAAUGAACACGUCCAUCCCAUGUGGGCUUGUUGCAUCGUAUAGGUUGAACUGGCAUUCCCAGCAGACAUUUUCUGGGCAGGAUUUGCAUCCAUAAAUAGCAUCUGAAAAUUGCAAACCCUUUCUUCGCAAAAUCAUUUGUUCAGUUUCCGAAACACCAAAUCUGAGUUCAUCCCUCAGGUGGAAUCUGUAGCAAAUAUUAAUCUGCUUACUUUUCAGCCUUGGUCCCAAGUAUAGAAAACCUGAGUAAAAUAAUCCUGCAUGCGUAGUUCUAGAUUUACUAGCUGCACUUUCAAAAAAGUUUCUAAGGUGUUCAUUUCAUUCAAAAAAGACGUAUUGUAGAAUAUGAUAACCUAACACCAAUUAAACUACAUUGGAAUAUGUAGUGUCUGCUACCACAGUAAACAUAAAUAACCCUUAUAAGAGCAGCCUGUUGUCAUUCUGCAAGAGCUUUGGCUGUCCAUGUCUUCCAUAGAAGUCCCCACAUCCAUACAUGGUCCAUCAAUAACUUUAUAAUGUAUUUCUGAUUAGUUAUGGCAUCUCAUGCAUCCUGUUUAUAUAUUUAUAUUUAUAUAUAUAUAUAUAUAUAUAUAUAUAUAUAUAUAUAUAUAUAUAUGCAUUUAUAUAUAUAUAUGCAUUUAUAUUAGGAAUACUGUCAGAGUGGGUGCAUAAGGGUACCUCUUCCCCCUUGAAUACUUGAUUGCUUGGCAUUUUGUCAUAACCAGUCUUGAACUUCUGUUUACAGUACCUCAUAUACAUUUUGUUUUCAGCUCAAGCUUUGGAGGUUGUUUAAAAUUAUGGACACUUUUUAUUGCAGUUUCAUUUUUUUUUUUUUUGUAGAAAAGCCCACACACCCUGCUCAUUAAAUAUGAGCUAACGUGCUAGCUUUGUUUUUUUUUCAUAAGUGGCUCAUUUAAAUUUGUACCAGUCUGUGAUACAGUAGCAGGCUAGAACCCUGAUUGUGACCCAGGUGAUCAGCAUUCAGUUAGCAGCUUGAGUUCCUGUUAGAGCUGGUGGAGGAGAAGAGUGAUGAGGCAUGGUCUGUUUGUUCUCAGGCAGAGAGAUAAGAGCACAUGGUAAGGGUACUCUGUAAUUUGAGUAUCUGGUGGAGACUGGGGCAAUCUGGAACUUUGUCUAGGAGCGAUUGAAUAUGGGGCAUAUGAGGAGGCAGGGGCAUCCCUCACAAGAUACCAUUCGCAACCACCUCAGACCAUGCAGCAUGCAUGUCUGGGAAGUAGGGACAUAACCUGACAGACCUUUCAGUGGAAGCAUCAGUGGUGGCUUCCAGACACAUUCUUUUUCCCUAGCACCUGCAUUGCCAGCUAGACAGUGGGGAGGGGUGCUGGUUUGCUGGUGACCCUUGCUUGAAUGAGUUAAAUCCCGGUGAAACUCUUAAAGAAUAAGCCAUAGUAUUGUGGAAGAAAGGCUUAGAGAAACCACACACCCACUAAAAAACAAACCCAAUCUGAAGCAAAAGAAAGGGUUGAAUUAAAAUUUAUACCAACAGCAGUUCAUCUGAUUUAUGAUACAAAAAUUAUUUUGUAUACUGGUUUGAUAUUUUAAAAUUAGUGGCCUUCAAAGAGUAUGAAGCAUUUAAUGCACACAAAUUUUAGUUAAUGAAAGGCCAAGUAAUACCGUCUUUCUACAAAAUGAAGUGCAGGUGGAAGAUUUUAAGUAACAUUUCUGUUUUUUAAUGUUUUCACUUUGAUCUGGAUGUGUAUGCUGCAUUCUAGAUUUAGUUCACUGAAAUGAAACCGCAUCAAAUGCUGAUUAUAGUAAGACUUCACAUUUUCUGAGUAGCACAAAGUAAACCCAGGUUUGAAUCUCUUUGGUCUAAGAUGCUGCUGCUGCUGUUGUAUCAUAUCGUCAGACCAGAAAAAUGUAAACUAUGAGAGCGUGCUUUUCUGAAGUAUUUGAAGUAGAUUUUUGUACUGCUUGCUGUAGUUCGAUUUUGUCAACUUAAAUUAUUUAUAUAUUCGUUAAUAAGAUCCUGAGUAAAGAACAGUAAAGCGCCUGUAAGAACAGUUAUUAAUUAAUGCUUUGUUUUUUUCUAGUAGUAGGGAGUAUGCCCCAUUCCUGACUUGAGUGGAAAGGAAUAUGCACUUGUGAGAUACCUGCAUGCUCAAGUUUAUUUUUUUAAGCUGAUUUUCUAGUUGAAAACAUUGCAGCAUCGAUGACAGCUGGACUACUUGGGGGGUUUGUAGUAUUUUAAAUCUUUUUAUAAUUCUUGGCUAAGGGUUGCAGGCAGAUUGACCCAGCUGGUCUGGGUCUAAAAAUUUCUUAAUUGUUCAGAUUUUGCAGCACAUUAGUUGAAGCAGUUCACAUUGUUGAUCUCAGGGCUGAACAAUGCCCUUCAGCUCACUAUGUUCUUAAAAAAAAUUACUAAAUGCAAAGUCCAGUUCUCUUGAUAAAUAGUGUCUGGCAGUGAACAAAAGUUCCCUUUCUGGGCAAUAAGCUAAAAAAAUGCACUACUGAGAAAGAGCAGUGUUCAGUGCCAGAAUGUUGUGUUUAUUUCAAACUUGUUUAGUAAUUAAUGUGUUGAGAAUAAAUCAAGUCAAUGCCAUGAUCUUUUGGUAGAACUACAUGGAGAUGUUAUUGUAAAUUUCUAGAGAAUGCUCUAGUCUUGCAGUUCAGAAUUCUUUGCUCAAAAUAUGAAAGUAAAUGUCUAUUCAAAAUGUUAUAUUAGCUUUGGAAUUUAAAACCAAACUGUACGCAUGCUCAAGAGGCACUGCCAGGUUUUCCUUCAUACUUCCAUUUCCUCCACAUUUGUUUUUAACUAGAAGUACAUGUUCUGUGUUUUCCUGUAUAUCUGUACUAACUGUUCUGCUCUCCUGCAUUUGACACUGUGUUCUUGCGAGCUUGUACUGUUACCAAUGAGUUGUAUAAUUAUUAUUGCUUUAUUAGGGAGUUGAUCUCCCAUUGUAUGUUUUUUGCUUUAUUGUAUAUUUUAAGAAUAUAUAUAUUUUGUUUCUUUCCUGUGUAGCAAUGCUGUAAUCUUAAAUUAAAAAAAAAAGGAAUGUGGGAAAACCAGUUUUUAUGAGUUACUUUUGAUUGCUUUUUACAAUUAUUUUUUUGGGAGAAGAAGUUAGUAAAGUGAUCAUGGGCAGGUGUAAUGUGAUAGUACUAAGAACCAUUUACUGCUGCUGAUACUACAACUACUGGAUUUUUUUUUUUUUGUUAAUGACUUUCGAUCUCCAGUCGCAAACUGUGGGACUCAAAGCAAGUCAUUUAAUCAUACAUUGCUUCCGUGCAUACCC